AUGUGCUACGUCUGCCGCAAGGACAUUGGCGAGGAGGGCUACCGCCACUUUUGCGACCACUUCCGCCCCGACGGCGACCCGAAACGCUGCACCGAGUGCUCCCGCUGCAACCUCUGGGAGGCCGACGACACCGAGCUCCUCCUGCGCAAGGCCAAAGAGGACGCCGAGAAAAAGUGGAUGGAGAGGGAGAAGCGGGCCCUGUCCGGCGCCGAGCGCAAGUUUCUCGAGACCGGCUUCUCGGGCGCCGGUGGCCGCGCCGUCGUCGAGACUAUGCUCACGAGGAGACGGAUCCCCACCUUGCCCGAGUUUCUCGACACUAUUCUCGAACUCAUGUUUUACUAA